GCUGUUGCCAUGGUGAUCAGCUAAACCAGCAGCACGCCGACAUUCUCUGAACAUUCUCGAACUGCGCAGCAGGAUGUCCUCACUUCCUGCGAAGCCCGGCCUUCGCCUCGGUGUGCCAGAGUGGAGCAGCAACAACCGGCUGCUCUCUGCCACGGCUCAGCACGAGCGUGUGAUCUCAAACCUGAUCCGACAGGAAGGGAGGUCGCUACGCAACGACACCAGCUGCCAGACGAGCUGGGACGAGAGGGACACAUCCCGCAGGUUGAGUGACCGCAUUUGGGAUGUGGCUCGAUGGAGGGAAGCUUUGGAAGCCUGUGCACAGAAAGUGGAUGAAGAGAUGGAAGCUCUGACUUUGUGUAAAGAGCAGAGCGAGCAGGCCUUGGCUGCCACUGCCACUCCUCUAGAGGUCAGCACAGAGUGUCUGAGGCUGAGGGAGGGACGACGAGGGUGCGAGCUGGUCGUGGACCCGGUGGACGAGCAGCUGAAGAAAGAGGUGGAGCUGAUUGGUCGAGUGCAGCAGGUUCUUCAGCAGCACAUCGACAAGGCCUUUGAACAACUGUGCGUUUUGCAGGAGGCUCGGCAUCAGCUGACCUCUGACCUCCAGAACAAGACGGACACUCUGGACAUUGAUAUGUCCUGUUUGUCACUGACGACAAAGUCGCCUCAGAUUUCUCUGAAGAUCAACCCAACUCGCAUUCCGUCAGGUUCCUCCACCCCCCAGGAGUGGCACCAGUUUAGCCAGUAUAACGUGGCUCAUGCUCAGGAGGCCAUGGACGUGUCCCAGCAACUGAGGGAGGACAUGAGUCUGACCAGAGCUCAGUUGCAGAACCAGUUGGAGGCUCAGUGGAGAGCCACUGAGUUCGCGCUUCGAAAGCGCAACCACCAUGAGGAGCAGGCCCGAGAAGAGCUGGAGUGGCAAAUUAAAAAAACUGAAGAUGAAAUGACGGAGAUGGAAAACGACGUCCAGGGUCUGGAUGCGGAUCUGCAGGCAAAGUCCGCCUCCCUGAAACUGGCUCACACCAGACUGGAGAACAGGACCAACAGACCCGGCAUGGACCUGUGCAGAGAUGAGGUUCAACACGGCCUUGUUAACGAGGUCCAUCAGCUGGAGGCGACAAUUCUGGCUCUGAAACAAAAGCUGUCUGAAGCUCAACACUCCCUGCAGAAAAUGAAGCUCCAUCAUUACCAUAUGCUGCAGGAUCUUUCCACAAAAAAGGAAGUUUUAAACCUGGAACAACGAAGCAUGAACACACGCAACCACCUCACGUCCGACACCGGCAAAACCCCGGUGCUGCUGGUGCCACUCGCCAACUCCAGUGGGAGGAGCAACCUGCAGCUGCUAGCUGAGUAACAAAGGUGUUGUUACUCAAGGGGAAGGACUUAGUAUGUUGAUGAUUAAUUGAUUUUUCUUCAAGACUCGAGGCUCUUGCAGGUUUCCAGAUACUCCAGCUAUUAGCUAAUGUUAGCUUUAGCCCAUUUGCUUACCUGGCCUGGAGAAAAUGACCCACACCUAUCUUCAAAUUAUUCUCCACUUUCAGUCACCAGGGGAUUAAAUAUGUAAAACUGCAGCCAGUUUUGGCAUUUACAUUGCAGUCUGACUUCAAAAUAUUGGACAGGUUUGCUAGAUAUAGCAACAAGGAGCUUGGUUAGCUUAGCUUACUUGCUUACCUCUCCAGAGGAAAAUGAUCUGCAUCCAUCUUCAAAUUCUUCUUUGUUUCACUGUUUCGGAGUUUCAGAGCGAUGGAAACAAGCUGGGUUAGCUAAUGUCAGCUUUAGCUCAUUUGAUUAUUUGUCCUAAAGCAAAAAUUAUCCACAUCAGCAUCUAUCAAAUUCAUCUUCACUACAAUUUGUCAGACGCUUGAGAUGGAUAUUGUUAUCCAAAUUCAAUCUGCACUAACCUUAGCUAAUGCUAUAUAACUGUAGCUUACAACAGCUAACUUGUGUGAAAAAACCCCCAAUGAGCUUUAGGUCCAAUUAGGGGAAAACAAACUACACCUGUUUCUGAAAUGAUGAAUAUUCUUCUGUUUUAUUGUGGUUUUAACGAAGUUUUAAAAUCUUUACUUUCACUCCCAUUUGCUUUUCAGAUGAAUGCUGUUCAUCCAAAUUCUAAUUUUCUUUUUAAAGGGUUGCCAGACAUAGCAACAGGGAGCUUGUUUAGCUAACAUUAGCUAAGAAGAGACUGUUACCCACACCUGUUUCUGAAAUUAUGAACAUUUGUGUUUCUGUCAUCAAAUUAUUCUACAUUUUAUUGUGGUUUGUUUCAAAAAGACGGAAACACUGAGCUGGGUUAGCUCCCAUUAGCUUUAGCUCAGCUGCUAACUGUCCAGGAGUUUGUUUGUUUGUGUUUGUUUAGCUUAAAUAACACAGAGUGUGAGCAAAGUCAAACAUUUACUCAUGUAGAUGAUGAUAUUUCUGGCGUCUAAAUAUAUUUGUGCAUUUGACAUCAUCUUUGUUAGAAUCUGUGUGACUUUUAUCAGCCAUUAGCUUUAAUGGUUUAGUUUGGCCUCACCUUUGUUUGAUCAAGCGAUGCUGCUGAGAGCACCAAGACGGUGGGAAUUUUUUAAAAGAAAAAUCCAGUAAACAGACACUAAAAUGGGUCCAAUAAACUCUGGUAACUGUCACCUGCCUCAGUAGUAAUGACUUCAAAUGGACGUGUUUGUGUCCGUCACUGCUUUUUAUGAGGAUUUAGAGCCUGAGGGGUUUUUAUGUAGACAGUGAGCUCAUGUCUGCUCAGGAAAAUCACCACUUAUUGCCUCAAUUAUACAGAAUAAAUGUGUAAUAAACUAAA